AUGAACUACUGCACGCUCUACUCCCCGGAGUUCCUCUCCCGCCCCACGGCGGGCCGCUCCAUCUCCGGCAACCUCGAGUUCAUCCCCGGGAUCUCCACGGUCGUGGACCACUGCAACGGCCUCUUGCUCAUCGCGGCGACCAAGGCCGACUACGUCGCCAACCCCGCGACGCGGCGGUGGGCGCGGCCGCCACCGUGCCCGAUGAUGCCACGGAGGACGGAGGAUGCGAUCAAAUGCCUUGUCUAUGAUCCAACCAUGUCACCGCACUACGAGUGGCCACCAUCAUCAUACGCACUGCAAGUGUUCUCAUCGAUAACUGGGCGCUGGGAGGAGAGGUCCUUUGUUCUGGAAGGAGAGCACCCGGAGGAGGUCCGGUAUGGAUGGCGCGUCAUUAACAAGAUCCAUUGGCGAGGAGCGCUCUACGUGCGCUGCAGAAUUGGUCUUGUUCUGAGGAUAUCCAUGUCAAAUGCAAAGUGCAGAUGGGUUCCGAGGCCACCAGGUGUUGAAGUUGGGCAGUAUGGAUCUUUGGGAACAUCGGAGAAGAGGGUUUGUUGUGCAUUCCAGCAUGAUUGUCAAGUACUUCGAAUUUUCCACCUCAAUGAAUCAAGUGGACAAGUGGGAUGGGAAUUGAAGCAUACUGUUGAUUUUACAUCCUUCGCCCGUAAGCUUCACGAAAGGGACUACAGUGAGCAACUGAGCAACAUAAAAGGACCUUGGAUAUUGCAGGAUAUCAACUAUUACAAAUGUCCUUAUGGGAACGAUAAACAUAAGGAGGCAGUGGAAGAUGACUUUGAAUGGAACUCCGAUGAUGAUGACGUUCUCAACACAGAGAAUAUGGUUGAAGGGUCCUAUAAGGGAUAUACCAGUUUUCUUGGAUUCCAUCCUUGCAAAGAGAUUGUCUUCUUGAAUGCAGCUUUGAGCAGGGCAGUAGCUUAUCAUUGGAAUGCCUCCAAGUUUCAGGAUUUGGGCAACAUAUACCCAAAAGAUUACCUUGAAAGUGCUCUGCAUUGUGCACAAAUAGAGACCUCCUUCAUAUACACACCAUGCUGGAUGGAGGAUUUCCCAGAAAAUAAUUUGGAAUAUGCGCGGAUUGAAGAUUAGCACAAAUGUGUGCAACUUGUGGAAGCCAUGGAGUAAACAGUGUAGUCAUGUUUUACUCUCUGUCCUUAUAUAUGCCGUAUGUUUCUGUUAGGAAAUACAUACAUCAAGAUCAAAACCUCUACCCUAUAGACACUGCUGGAUUACCUUGAUCUUUUACUUCCCAUGUUGGGCUAUUAGUUUGUAACGCGAGCCCGAUUUAUUUGAAUGGAUGUUUCAACCA